GAACGCACGUCUCCAGAGGCAGGUGCAGGGUCGUCAAAGCAGAGUCCCUGACGGUGGUUUGAAACAGAUGGCCAUCAGGGAAAAGCUUGCAAGAGGUCAGAUCUAUGAAAAACUUACAUCUUCAGAGCUAGGACCGUCAAAGCAGGGUUCCCGACGAUAGCUUGGAACAGAUCGUAAUCCAGAUUUCCAGGAAAAUUCAGGGUGCAGGGUAGAUUGUCAGGAAGAUGCUAUAACAUCCUACACGUAAACAUUAUGUGGAAGCAAAUACUGUGCACAGAUGCCCUUUCCAAUGUGACGAAUGUGGCUGUCUUAGAGUCUUGCUAGGUUCUGGAGCAUUAAAAGAGUUGGAUAUGUCCAGCUGCUGCAGUUUAACCAUGCUGCAGUUUAACCAAGCUACCUGAUCUUUUUGGUGAACUUAGAAGUUUGCAAUUCUUAAAUUUAUCCAAAUGUGAUAAAUUAGAGGAAUUGUGCAGCGACUUCCAUUGCCUUGGAGCGUUAAAAGAGUUGAAAUUGUCUGGAUGCUGCAGUUUAACCAGACUUCCAGAUUUUUUUGGUAAACUAAAAAGUUUGCAAACUUUAAAUUUAUCCAAAUGUGAUAAACUAGAGGAAUUGUGCGGCGACUUCCAUUGCCUUGGAGAGUUAAAAGAGUUGAAUUUUUCCGGAUGCUGCAGUUUAACCAGAUUUCCAGAUUUUUUUGGUCAGCUUGUUUGCUUGGAGAAUGUAGAUUUAUCAGGAUGCUCUAAUUUGGCUAAUAUUUCCGACGAUUUCCACACUCUCCCAUCAUUGACAAGAUUAAAUCUCUCAAAUUGUAAGAGAUUGGGUGCUGAAUGGAUGGAUCGUGUGGAAGGCAGUCAAAGUUUGUUGUAUGUAGACAUUUCAGGAAAUGAAGGGAUAACUCAGCGGUGGAUGGAAAUGCGAAGGGAGAAGGAAGAAAGAAAUUUAGCUGUGGUAACUGAUUCCUCCUUCAACAAAAUAGUGUUAAAAUUGGCGAUUGAGGACGAGAAAAGAAAGAGGAAAGCCCUCAAAAUGGUUGCAGUGGUGGAAGGGGUGGAUUCUGUGGCUGUGGACAUGAAGGAAAAAACGAUGACUGUAAUUGGGGAAGCAGACCAUUUGUUUAUUGCCUCAAGACUCAGGGAAUUCGGUUUUAAUUUUGUCGAACUGCAGAGCGUUGGGCCUGCUAAGGAGAGAAAUAAGGAAAAGAAUGAAGAGAAUAAAUCGGAGAACCCGACAACCGUGUAUGUUCCGAGGGUUUAUUAUGAUUACAGUUUGGAAAAUGGUGAGUAUAAAUUUCGUUUCGAAAAUGAGAACUUCUGUACCAUCUGCUGAAUUCUCAUCUAGGGGUUUUCAAUACCUAUUCUUCCAAGAAGAAAUCUCCAUACCUAUUUCUUGCAGCUCAGCUUACAAACCCACAAUAGCUCCUCUUCUUUAAUUUUUGUAUUUAAUUUUGCAAUCCUGUCAUUGCAUUGUUUCAACAUAUGUCCUAACCGAUUGUUUUCUUCCCUUAGCACAUUACACUGCUCUUGGUCUUUUACUCUCAAAAUCUUUGUUUCAUCGACUUCAUUUUGUAGUUGUCUAAGAGUCUUUUCCAACUCAUUUUUUUCUUUUCCUGAUUGAGACCACAAAUCUUCAUACUUUUGGCUUAGCAUUCUCGCUUCAUUGAGAUCAUUUUGCAGUUUCGGAAUUGUAACUUCAAAUUCUCCCUUGGAAGCGUCCCACAUGUGCCUAUCUUCAGCCAAUUUUUCCUUCAAUUGUUGAGUUUCAUUAAUGGAUUGAUUUAAACUAUUUUCUAACUCAGCUUUUUCUCUACUUAUUUCAUUGCAUAAGACUUGAUUAUGGUGGGCCAGAAUCUUCGUUUUCUUGAGCUUUUUCUGCAGCUUUACAAUCGUACCUUCUAAAUUCACCUUACAAGUAUCCCAAAGGUAACCUUUUUCGGUCAUUUUUUCAUGUAAUUCCUCAUUCCUAUUAUUCAACUCUCUCAACUCCUCUUCCAAUUUUAUUUUUUCAUGCCUUAAUUGAAUGCAUGCUUCUUCAUGUUUCAGGCUCAACACUUUUGUUUCAUUGAGCUCAUUUUGCAGCCCUGCAACAGUGGCUUCCAACUCUGUCUUUGAAGAUUCCCACAAGCACCCAGCUUCAGACAAUUUUGCUUUCAAUUCUUCAGUCUCAUCAUUGUAUUCUCUUACCUUAUUUUCCAAUUGAUUAUUUUCUUUCAGUAAUUCAGAGCGCAAUUCUUGAUGUUUGUUAAUCAAAAUUCUUGCUUCAUUAAGAUCACCAUCCAACUGUAAAACUCUUUCUUGCAAAUCAGUUUUUUCUUGUCUCAGCUUACUGCACAGUUGUUCAUGUCCUUGGCUGAAUACUUUUGCUUCAUUAAGCUCAUUUUGUAGCUCUGAAACCUGGUUUUCCAACUUCUCCUUACAGGAACCCCAUGACCGCUUAUCCUCACUCAUCUUUGUAUUCAAUUUCGUACUAGUAUCGUUGAUUUUUUUGAGUUUAUUUCCAUCUGAAUUUUUUCUUGCCUCAAUUUAGUCGACAAUUCUUGUUGUUUCUGGCUCAUACAAAUUUUUGAGACAUUUCAAAGGGGUUUUAGUAAAGUCAAAUUGCCAUAGAUUUGGGACAAAUUAAUAGAAAAUUCAAAGGACAAGUUCAAUCUUCUCUGAAGUAUAUUCUAAGUAUUAUAUCCGAAUUAGAUAAUAAACAGUUAAAACUCAAUUUAAGGUAUCCAAUUCAAAACACAUCCAUGUUCUUAGCAUUCCUUUUAACCUAUAAGCUAAAUGAUUUAAACGUCUUUCUCCUAUAUUUCUCGUUUUUCUCCUUCCAUCUUUCUCAUUUCCUCAUUUGACAUGUUCCUGACAUUGAUCAAUUAGGAGAAUACAUAGUAUUUCCCUUCUUACCCGUCCUUCAAUGUAUAUUUUAUUCAUUCUUGUUCAACAUCAUAGGUAGCAUGGAAUAAUAAAUAAGCAUAACAAGUGUAGAAAACCCAAACCUAACAAAAGUCUAGCUUUCCAGAAAGCCCAUGAGGAACACAGUAAUUACAAUUGAUAAUGAGGGCAGUCAUGGCACUAACAACACUCCCCCACACUUAGACUUUAGGAGUCCUCUAUUGUGGCACAUAGAUUGCCAUUUCACGGAGCCAUCAACCACACAAAAAUGCUCACAACGUAAUGAGUACAAGAGGUUUUCCCCUUCACAUAGUAUCUCCUCACUAGCAGAGCAACUGCCACCAUCAUGAAGAUGAACAAUGUUCUUCUAGAGAGAAGUUUGGAGAAAGCACACCCAGGCUAGAGAAGAGCUGCCACACGAGCCGUCUUUCAUCACCAAGGUGGAAUUAAUAGGUGUAUCUAUGUACCGAUUCACCAAUGUAAAUCAGGAAGGAAUCAUGCGCAUCCUUACAAUGUGGGGGAUGCAUGUAUUACAAAUACAGAGAGUUUUGUUAUACAUACACAUUUGGUACUGAUUUAUUUUCAUGGACUGUUUUCUUUGUUGUCUAGAUGUCAUUUAUCCAAGGUUGUGUUCAAGGACUGUUGAUUGGGUGUUUUGUGGGAAAUUUUGAUUUUAAGUGGAGAGCAUGACCAAAUCUUAGAAGAUGGAUGUAAACAACUUUCUGCUUGGUUGAUAGUUAUGUUUUAUGUUGUUAUUUUUUAAGUAAUACAUGUGACAUUCACUAUUCUUAUAAACUUUCUCUGACCACAUUUGUUAAUUUAGCUAUGCUAGGUAUUUGAAGAUGUUCUAGUUUUAUAAUAAAUUGAAUCUUUAUCAUAUAUGUAAUGAUCUCACCUACUAUAAAUGAAUAACCACGACUUCAAAGAAGCUCUGUUAAGAAGAAAUCUUUAUUUUACAUCAUACCUUAUUGUUAUGUAUAGUUCUCUUUAUGUUUUGAAUGAACUUAACAUCCUGUUCCACAAC